CCUAACCCGCAGCGUCAUCUCAAUGCCAGCCUCGGACAAAGGUCAGAGCAAGCGCUGCAAACUCAUAGAUGAAGACCGACAGUUUGGUAGGAGUAGUAAGCACCAAAGACAGCGCUAUGUGACCAAAGUAGGGAAGUGCAAGGUCAACUUAGGCAACAUUCAGGAAAAGAAGAGGUUCUUAUCAGACAUUUUUACCACCGUUGUGGAUCUCAAGUAUCGCUGGUUCCUCUUCAUCUUCAGCAUGUGUUACAUUAUCACUUGGGUGGUCUUUGGCAUCAUGUAUUACCUUGAUGCCUGGAUGCGAGAUGAUGUCAACCACAUAGGUGACUUGGAGUGGAAGGCGUGCAUUGAGAACAUUGAUAACUUCAUCUCAGCCUUGCUGUUCUCUGUGGAAAGUCAACGGACAAUUGGCUACGGCUCUCGCAUUGUGACGGCCAACUGCUCAGAGGGAGUCCUCUUGCUAAUGGCCCAGUCCAUCAUUGGUUCUAUGAUAGAUGCACUCAUGGUGGGAUGCAUGUUUGUCAAGAUCUCCAGACCCAAGAAGCGUGCCCAAACCUUAAUCUUCAGCAAGAAGUGUGUGGUUUCCAACCGGGAUGAGAAGCUUUGUCUUAUGUUCCGCAUUGGAGACCUUCGGGACAGUCACAUGGUAGAUGCAAAAAUAAGAGCCAAACUCAUUAAAUCCAGGCAAACCAAGGAAGGGGAGUUCAUCCCACUGGACCAAUCAGAACUGAAUCUGGGGUAUGGCACAGGGGAGGACCGUCUCUUCCUGGUGGAGCCACAGAUAAUUUGUCACAUCAUCAAUGAGCUCAGCCCUUUCUGGGAGAUGUCUGCAGAGGCACUGAAGAGGGAACAGUUUGAAAUCAUCAUAAUCCUCGAAGGCAUUGUGGAAGCCACAGGAAUGACAUGUCAAGCCAGGACAUCAUAUGUAGAGAAUGAAAUCCUCUGGGGCCAUCGUUUCGAGCCCUGCAUGACCCUGGAAAAAGGUGCCUUCCACGUAGAUUACACCAAAUUUGAGAAGACUUUUGAAGUGCAGACAUCACUGCUGAGCGCACGAGAAAUGUAUGACCUGAAGGAGAUGGAAAAUCAGGACCAGUCAACGCUGAGCUUGUACUGGGAUCAUCUGGCCCAACCUUGCUUUUCAGCAGAACCCAACAAUGGAGCACAACGAGGGGGUUGUCCCAAUGAGGAAGGCUUCUCCAAUAUCAGAGAGGAGGAGAGGAGCAGCGAGGACCAGAACCAGGAGACCAGACUCUAAGCGUUUGGAACUAUCUCUGUAAGCUUCUGUGAAAAAACAGGGAGGAAAAGAAGCAGUUGCACGCCACCUCCUCGUAAUGUGGCUAUGUUGAAAUCCAUGGUGGAAUCAAAUGGAAA